AUGGUCCCUGCGCUCUUGCUUGCUAUUUCCACUCUGACUGCCGCUCAAGUCUCACCCUUGACUGGCACAUUCAAUAUCAUAACCUUCAAUGUCGCCGGUCUCCCUGACGUCCUCAACGACAACAAUUCCGGGGACAAGGUCGCAAAUACCGCGCGCAUAGGCCAGCUGCUCACUCAGUACAACAUUUCGCUUAUUCACGUUCAAGAAGAUUUCAAUUACCACGCUACGUUAUACGAAAAUGAUGAUCAUCCGUAUCGAACAGCAACAAGUGGCGGAGUGCCAUUCGGUAGUGGUCUUAACUCAUUAAGUAACUUCAAUUGGUCUGAUUUUGAGAGGGUGAAGUGGGAUAAGUGUAGUACUUUUGAUAGCGCAGACUGUCUCACACCAAAAGGCUUUACGUUCAUGAGAGUCAAAUUUGAUGAGGGAGUGUGGAUCGACGCAUACAAUCUACAUGCUGAUGCCGGCACCACAACCGCCGAUUUGGAAGCCCGCGCCUCCAAUCUCCGCCAAGUGUCUUCACACAUCACUACUUACUCAGCCGGAAAUCCUGUUAUCGUCUUCGGCGACUCAAACACCAGAUACACCCGCACUGGUGAUAUCCCCGGCGUCUUCGGCACCACAAAUUCCAUGACUGAUGCCUGGGUUGAGCUCGCUAAAUCUGGCGUUGCACCUACAUCUGGUACUGAAGCCUUGCUGUGCGACAAUCCCUCACCCAACACAACCUGCGAGAUCGUGGACAAAGUAUGGUAUCGCGGCUCCCCUGCUGUUGAUCUGCGGGCGACGAAGUUCGACUAUGCGGGCGAAAAGUUCCUGCUAGACAACGGGGAUACUUUGAGCGAUCACGACCCCGUGCUUGUUGACUUCACGUGGACGAAGAGCGGAUCUUGGAGAAUCGGUGAUGCGUUCGGAGGAGAGUUUGGGGCGUGGUUCAACGACAUGAGCACGUUAUCCCAACUGCGAGGCCCGACUGUGUCGUCUAUAACGUUGCGUGGUAACGAGCGGCUGGAUGCUGUCGAACUGAAGUUUGCAUCUGGUCAAACGCUGUCGCAUGGUGGGAGUGGCGGGACUGCACAAAUACUGACUUUAGAUGCUGGUGAGAAGUUGACUGACGCAACCCUAUGCAGAGGGGAGAAAGAUGGUCAGGCGAGGAUCUUCUAUGCGCAACUCCGGACUAGUAAAAGUAGGAGCAUAAGUGCAGGUACAAAAACAGGUGACUGUGUGGAACGAACUGCUGUAGAAGGACGAGGAAUUGUUGGAUUUUUGGGCAGAGCCGGGAACGAGAUUGACAAGAUAGGGUUUAUCUAUGGUAAUAUCUAA